UGACCUGAAGGCAGCACCAGCCCUCAUAACUCUCCUCUUCAGCACCGGGAGCAGAGGGCCAGCCCGCAGAGCUCUUCCGGAGGCGGAUAAUCCCCUCAUCUCUAAUCGCAGUUCGAGAAGGGAUUUGCUAUAACUCACCUACAGGAAGACACCUUCCGGAAGCUCAUGCAAGUUACGACUGAAAGAGAAGCCUGGACCUACGCACAAAUGGAUUUUUGCGUCUCACCUUGCGCGUUUUGGUGUAUAUAGAUAUCUGAUGAGUGUAUAAUGUAGCAGCUGCUGCUUGGGGGGGAAAAAAAACAAACUAUUGAAGCCUCUGCUACCCAUAUAAAUAUUAAUCAUUUCGGCAGCAUGUUUGUGACGCACAGUCUUGCUUUAACUUUUAUUGCGGCGGCUCUCUGUCUGAUCAGUGGCGAACCGCCGAAUUCUUCAUCUGCGACGCAGAAUUCAACAUCCACGUCCAUCAUCCUCGGUCACGAUGAACUGACGAGUAAAAACGACACGCACGGUGCCGUGGGAUCCCGGAUCUCACCUCUGAUGACUUACCUGCCAACUCUGAAAAACGUCGUUAUUUUCAUCUGUGUGUUGACAGCUGUCCUCAUCACAUGCCUGGUCAUCAAAGUGAUAAGGUCUGGCCGAAAAAUCAGGAAAACGAGAAAGUACGACAUCAUUACCACCCCGGCGGAGCGGGUGGAGAUGGCCCCUCUGAACGAGGAGAAUGACGACGAAGAUGACUCGACCCUCUUUGAUGUCAAAUACAGGUGAAUCCCACGUCGGACAACUGUUGUUUUGGUAACUCCUUUUUUUUUUUUUUCCUCCACCUCAACUAAACUUCAGCGAUUUUGCCAUCCAAGUGUCGUCACGCCAGCGAUUUACUCGUGUUUUACCUGCGUUGGAAAUGAACAGAUGUCAUUUGUCUGCUGUCGUGCAAGGAUUCUAUCGCACUAUCUCGAUAACUUGCUCAGUGUUUCUAAAAUAAGACACGUCACAUAUCCACCAAACUUUAGGUGGUCUGGAGAAACAAAAUUCUUAAUUUAGAAUUAAAUCCUUGGACGUUCUUUUUAAAACCUGAACUACGAUAUGUUAAACUAUAGGUGGAGGCCGAAGGAACCAACGUUUUUCAGCAUGGCUUACUGUAACUGGAGGAAAAGUUUAUUAAUUAUCAGUGAACGUUUUAAAAAGAUCAGAAGCACAAAAUAUAAGGCAGGAUAGUUGUUUUGUCUAUAAACCUCAUACGAAUCUUGUGAGUUUUAGUAUCACAUUUAUUUAUACCAACUAACCACUUUAUUGUGCAUAUUUACUGUUAAAAGCUUACUAACUUUUCUGCCUGCAGUGUUUGUGUUGUUUCAGAUUCAGUUUUAUUUUGCUGCUAUGAAGCUGAUGUCUGUCAGUGUUGUCAAUACUCUCAGGAUGUCUCUUUAAAUCUGUUUGCUAUAAAUGUGAAUGGAGUACGAUGUCAUUAAGCGUGCGGGAAAAGCAGCAGGUUCAGCGAUUAAACACCAUGACAACAUGUCACCAGUGUUACAGAGCCAAAACAAGAUGAAGUUUUCUUUAGGAUCCUAAAAUCUGUCAUGUUUAGUAUAAGAUUGCAAAAAAGGUUCUCUCCGCUCCUGUUAAGAGUGCAAAAAAAAAAAGCCUGAAAAUGACUGGAUCAAGUGCUGCAGCAGCAUAAUAAUCACUUUAGAAAAUAAAAAUCCCCUCAAACUAAAAUUCUUCAGUUUGAGUAUACUUUAAUAAUUUAGGAAAAAAAAAAAAAAAAAACGUUAAAUGUACUGAGAGUAAAAUUCACAGCACUACAGAGUAGCUAUGGAUCUCCCUUGCAGAAUUUCACAAAAUUAAAAAAACUGCUAAUUCUUCUUUAUGUAUUUGGGUCAGAGACAUCACACAAGGCACACGAUUAAAGCCAAUCAGCUGGCGCCCCUUUUUUUUUUAAAAAAAAAUGGGUCUUGUGCCAUAUGUGACUUAAAAUCAAUCAGAGUGGAACUUUUAAUUGGUUAUCAGAAACGUUAAGCUUCAGUUGGGUGUAAAUAUGAUGGAACAUGGGUUUAAUUUUCCUCAUGACGAGAUUUUCAUAAGUGGACAAAUUCCUACAUGAUGUUUUAUUUUUUUCCCCCUCAAUGGGUUCGAGAUUAUGCUACUGCAAGAAAAUAUGACUUUGUUUUAAGGCUUCACUGAUAAUUAUAAAGGGCGCUGCAAAUAUCUGGUCAAAAAUGAAGUGUCUCCCUCGUUUGUUAGCUAUUACUUGAGUUUAAUGCGAUGGGUUUGUUGUCGUCCAUAAUUAAUGUGCUGUUCGAUCAGUUACAGCUUACAGAAACACAAACCAGCUGAAGCUGCUAGCUACACUUGCUUAUAAAAUUUCCAUUUGUCCAAAAUGUUUUUAGAAACAAAAAUACACCUUUAACAAGUAACCUCCUCGAGCUAAAAUCAUUGUAUAAGUUUAAUCCAAAUGUGCAAAAUCCACCAAAAGUCUUUCUCCUCUUUGCACAAUAUUCAACGAGACUGACUCUGGAUAAGUUUCUACAGCUGAUGUGAGUGUAGGUGACCUUCUGUAUUAUUUCAAGCUGUUACUUGAUAGCACACCACUCAGCCACCAACAUUUCACGUCUAACAUAACUGCACCACUUCAGAAUUUUGGUCUAAUACAAAGAACACCAGAGCCAGCCUUUGGCAAUCGAGACUCAGCUUAGCUGCUCCCAAACCAGUAGGGGGCCCUCUAAAGUGAAAAUUGAUCUCAAAACUAGAUUUUCAAUAUCCAAUAUGGCUGCCAUGCAUAUGAGAUAUAGUAAAAAUUGCAGGUAUAAACUGUUUGGUUGGAGGGUACAACUUCUAAUUGCCAACAUAUAGUUAGUGUUUGAAUGCUUCGAAUGGAGAUUUAUGCUGGUAAUAGAAGCUACAGGAUCACAACUGGUUUCCCACUGCUCUUUCAGUUGGCAACAACAAAGCCCUCAACUUGACUUUGACAUAAAUCCUAGAUCUAAGCAAAUGUUUUAUUUGGAUGAAGCCUUGGUUUAAAUGCUAAAACCUUUUGAGAGUUUGAAAAAAAAAAAGAGCUUAUUUUUGAAGUUACAUUUCUUCAGGAUUGAAAUAAUUACAUAAAGAAAAAUAGUAGUUUGAUAAUUAUCUUAAGUCAAAGUUUAAUGUUGCUGUUCCUUCUUCCACAAUUUAUUUAGUUAAAUAAAGUGAACUGGAAUGAGGAGCCUAAAUCAAAUUCUGCUUAGACCAGCUCUAAUCUUAUUUAUUUUCCCUUCAAGAAAAUUGUUGACAUGUUCAGAGAAAAUUUAAUCAGUCUUAAUCCGCAUAGGACCAAAAAUGUAUGCAGAACUAUGCUGAAUGUCUUCUUUAGUCUAUCUUUUGUAAACUGCAUAUUAUCAUUUCUUGUUUUCCAACAAAGUGCAUGACCACUUCAUAUGUUGGCAUUUUUUUUUUUUUUUUAGUUUUUAAUCAUGCUCUUCUCCUCUAUGACCAGAAAUCUGGCAAAAAUCUAAAUUUCUCUCAGGCUUGUACCACUGCUAUUGUCACAUAGUCUUUUCUUUUUCAUAUAUAUCAUGUGUGUAAAACUGUGGACAAAUUCUCCUCAUGCAGAGAUCUUAAUUAUAGACAUUUAUUAGUUUUGAGUCAUCUGCUACACAAAGUUACUCUUGUUAAAACAAAUCAGUUGUGGCUGUGAAGACUUAAAAAAAAAGCUGUUUAAAUAGUUUUAUAAGUUUCUGGAAAACAAGUUUGACACAGAUGUUGUGUGUAAAACGGUCGGUUUCCUCAGUUUCCAUGUCUUUACAACACUACUGGAAUAAAACCUUUUUUGAAGUGUUGACUCUUUAAAGGGAGAGAGGCUCAAAUA